AUGGCGAAACCAUAUCCUCAAGUUAUCCUCCUGGGAGACUCCCUGCUUGAAUUCGCCGCUACCGUCCAUAGCGGCUUCUCGUUCCAGGCGGCUCUUCAAACACGGCUGAUACGACGCUUUGACGUGGUUAAUCGCGGCUUCUCAGGAUGGAACACGGCAAAUGUGGUCAAAUAUUUGCCUGAGAUUUUCUCGGAGCCAUCUGCUUCAUCACCAAAGAUUGCGUAUCUGAGGGGGGAUCGCCAGAUUAUUCUCCUGGGAGCAAAUGACGCAGUUCUUCCUCUGGAGACUACUUCACAACAUGUUCCGAUUGAGACAUAUAAAGAGAACUUGAGCAAGAUCAUCAACGAUGCUCGGAUACGCGCACACAACCCCAAGAUCCUGCUGGUGACUCCUCCUCCGGCGGAUGAAAUCAAGCUCAAGGGUCUAGACAUCGCACAGGGCCACGCCUCAGCGAUCCGACGUUCGGCCGUAACCGCGUCGUAUGCAGAGAAAGCUCGGGAGGUAGCCCGUGAGAACCCGGGCGUUAUUCUGGUCGAUCUCUGGCAGGCCAUCAUGGGCGAAGCGAUUUCCAUGGCUCCCGGAGAUUAUCAGCCUGGAGGUCCGUGGCUGGGGUCACCUGAAAAUGGGAAGCAGGGGGGCCUGGACACGCUUCUUCCGGACGGACUUCACAUGGGCGGAGAAGGAUACAAGGUGUUUUUCGACGAGAUCAAGGCGCAUAUUGGGCAAGAUAUUGUUCCCGAAGAGAGAGGAGAUUAUGUGCUGCCCGACUGGAGAGUAGUGAACCCUCCCAAGGUGGCACUGUUGCCCAAGCCAUCUCCCCUUCAAUAG